ACUUCAUGUUCAUAGUAGCAAACUAGUGGCACUAUCUUAUCGCUUCAUUAUUAUUAUUAGAAAGCCGUAUCAUCCAGUUACGCAACGUACGUAUUAGGCUAUGUAAGUAAUGCGUUUAUUACUGAGGCCGAUAGUUAUAGUUAGGAAGGCGCUGCAGGCGAACAGGAGCGUGCAGUUGAAGCAUCCAUUCACAACAGCAUUAGUGUGGAGAGCCAUGGAGGAUAAAGAGUCGUUGAAGAAAAGAUUAACUCCCCUGCAGUAUCAUGUUACUCAAGAAGCGGGAACAGAAAGACCAUAUACAGGUUGUUACAACAAAUUCUAUGAGGAAGGCAUGUAUUGUUGUGUAGUUUGUAGGCAAGACCUAUUUACUUCUAAGACCAAGUUUGACUCAGGAUGUGGUUGGCCAGCAUUUAAUGAUGUUCUCUCUAAAGAAAAGGUUACUUUACACCAGGACACAAGUGCAGUUGGAGCAAAUAUAUUACUGGUUUUAACACGACCAGGUUUGGUGCGAACUGAGGUGCGAUGCUCCAAGUGCUCCGCUCACCUGGGACACGUGUUCGAUGACGGGCCAGCGCCCACACGAAAACGCUUUUGCAUUAAUUCUGCUUCUUUGGACUUCAUACCUGCUGAAGAGAGGAAAGACUAAAGUGUCGCCACGUGAAAAAUAAUACGAAUAUGAUAUAAACUAUGCCUUGUUUGUAGUCCUAAGUACGAAAAUGCUUUGAUCAAAUAAUUGGGCAGAAUUUAAUACUCGUAAUAAUAAAAUCAAAUGUUUGAAUUUGCUUCUAUUGAAUCGAAUAUGUACUUGUAAUAAACAAUCCGAAGAUUAUAUUUUUAUAGAGAAUGUCACCUUUGUGCCUAAUCAUAAUUACUGUCUACGUGUCGCAGAUACCAGAAGGUAUUAUUUUUGUAAAUUCCUAUCUACAUGAUUGUACAUCGGUACCAUUAAAAUAAUUGUUGUUGCUACUACGAGGCACCUUUUUUUUUUAUUUAAAGACAGUAAUAAUUUAGUUACCAUACUAAGUCAUUGUUAUUUUAAUUUUAUGUGCACACCAAUAAAUAGUCUCCUGUGGCAAAUAAAAACCAAUACCUAUUACUAAAAUAUAAUAUUUCUACUGUCGGGUGAUUAAGUCUUGAAUUACUUUAUGAUUAUUAGACUUGGAGAUUACUUGUGGUGAUUUUGUUGUUAAUAAUUUAUUUUUUAUAAUGACAUAAAGUGGUACUUGUGUAGUACAAAUCUUUAUACAUAACUGCUGAUUAUUUUAUUAGAUACAUAGAUAUUAUUUGGAUACUACAGUAAAUAUUUUUUGUAACGUAAACAAGUGAUUUUAUUUACAU